AGGAGGGCGGAGCGGCGCUAGAGCCGUGCGCCCCCGCCGCUGCUGCCGCCGCCGCCCGCGGUUCCCGCUGCCGCCGCUUGCCCUGCCCGGCCCGGCCUGGCCCGGCCCGGCCCGGCCCGGCCCGCGGGAGCGCCGCCACGCCCGGUUGCCUUGCAGGGCCGCGGCCCGGUGCCGGACGGGGGCGACGGGCCGGGCGCGGGUGUGGGCGCGCUCGCGGCCGCCCCCCACCCCCGCGCCGCCCUCAUGUCGGCGCCGCUGAAGAAGGGCCCCGGGGGGCUGAUCGGGCUCAUGAAGGACGCCUUCCAGCCGCACCACCACCACCUCGGCCCGCACCAGCCCGGCGCCGUGGACAAGAAGAUGGUGGAGAAGUGCUGGAAGCUCAUGGACAAGGUGGUGCGUUUGUGUCAGAACCCUAAACUGGCGUUGAAGAACAGUCCACCCUAUAUCCUAGAUCUGCUACCUGAUACCUACCAGCAUCUACGAACCAUCCUAUCACGCUACGAGGGGAAGAUGGAGACCCUGGGAGAAAAUGAGUAUUUCCGUGUUUUCAUGGAGAACUUGAUGAAGAAAACCAAGCAGACCAUCAGCCUUUUCAAGGAAGGGAAAGAGCGGAUGUAUGAGGAGAACUCUCAGCCUAGGCGUAACCUGACAAAGUUAUCCCUGAUAUUUAGCCAUAUGCUGGCAGAACUCAAAGGUAUUUUCCCAAGCGGCCUUUUCCAGGGAGACACGUUCCGAAUCACCAAGGCAGAUGCUGCAGAAUUUUGGAGAAAGGCGUUUGGUGAAAAGACUAUCGUUCCAUGGAAGAGCUUCCGUCAGGCCUUGCAUGAAGUGCAUCCAAUCAGUUCAGGGCUGGAAGCCAUGGCCCUGAAGUCAACGAUUGACUUGACGUGCAAUGACUACAUUUCAGUAUUUGAAUUUGAUAUCUUCACACGACUUUUUCAGCCAUGGUCCUCUUUGCUCAGGAACUGGAAUAGCCUAGCGGUGACUCAUCCUGGUUAUAUGGCAUUCCUAACAUAUGAUGAGGUGAAAGCCCGGCUUCAGAAAUUCAUUCACAAACCUGGCAGUUAUAUUUUCCGAUUGAGCUGUACGCGACUUGGUCAGUGGGCCAUUGGCUAUGUCACUGCAGAUGGGAACAUUCUUCAGACAAUCCCCCACAACAAACCUCUUUUUCAAGCACUGAUUGAUGGCUUCAGGGAAGGCUUUUAUUUAUUUCCCGAUGGCCGGAAUCAGAAUCCUGACUUGACUGGCUUGUGUGAGCCCACACCUCAGGACCACAUUAAAGUUACACAGGAACAAUAUGAAUUGUAUUGCGAGAUGGGCUCCACGUUUCAGCUGUGUAAAAUAUGUGCUGAAAACGACAAGGAUGUGAAGAUUGAACCGUGCGGCCAUCUGAUGUGCACGUCCUGUCUCACUGCAUGGCAGGAAUCAGAAGGCCAGGGAUGUCCUUUUUGCCGCUGUGAAAUCAAAGGCACGGAGCCAAUUGUAGUAGACCCAUUCGACCCCAGAGGAGGAGGAGGGUUAUCGCGGCAAGGGGCAGAAGGAACUCCCUCACCCAAUUAUGACGAUGAUGAUGACGACAGAGCUGAUGAUUCGCUCUUCAUGAUGAAAGAACUCGCUGGUACCAAAGUUGAGCGUCCUCCUUCUCCGUUCUCAGUAGCUCCACAGGCCACCCUUCCUCCCGUGCCACCACGACUGGAUCUUUUACAGCAGCGAGUGUCCAAUCCACCUGGGGCUUCCAGCCCUGGGACCACUUCAAAGGCUGCACCUGGUACUCUUCACAAGGAUAAACCUUUGCCGAUACCACCCACGCUCAGAGACCUCCCGCCGCCACCGCCUCCGGACAGGCCACAUUCCAUUGGGGCUGAAGGUCGACCUCAGAGGCGUCCCUUGCCCUGCACGCCAGGAGACUGUCCUUCGAGAGACAAGCCACCCCCUGUGCCCUCCAACCGUCAGGCUGAUCUGUGGCCAUCCAGGCCGAUUCCAAAAGCCCCAUCUGUAGCUCUCAGUCCUGGUGACCCUUGGGCUGGGAGAGAACUGUCAAACAGGCACUCGCUUCCCUUUUCCUUGCCCUCUCAGAUGGACUCCAGGGCUGACAGCCAUCGGCUUGGAAGCACGCUCAGCCUGGACAGCCCAAUGAGCUUGAACAGUGGUCCAGCGACAACCUCAGAGUGUGAACACUCCAAAAUUAAACCCUCCUCAUCUGCCAAUGCGAUCUACUCCUUAGCUGCCAGACCACUGCCUGUACCAAAACUGCCUCCUGGAGAACAGUCUGAAAGCGAUGAAGACACCGAAUACAUGUCACCAUCCUCUCUGCCUGUGGUGCCUCCAGGUCCCGCUGUACAAAAUCCAGAGAUCAAAAUGCCUUUGGAAAUGACUCAGAGUUUACGAGUUUUAGACCGCGACCAGCAGACGGAUGGCUGUAUGUAUGAAGCAAUGUACAACAUUCACUCCCAAGCAGCGUCCUCUGCUUUUGAGAUUGUCAACACUUCUGAUGAAGGGGAUCUGGCAGCAGCCACUGCCAGCAAUGGCCCUGAAGAGUCAGAAAAUGAAGAAGAUGGCUAUGAUAUCCCCAAACCACCGCUACCAGUUGCUAUUGCUCGUCGCACACUGUCUGAUAUCUCCAAUGCCACACCUGCCUUCAGCCGAAUGUCUUUGGAAAAUGACCCUGUAACAGGUUUUUCAGAUGGCUCUCAAGUUCCAGAAAGGCCGCCGAAGCCGCUGCCACGAAGAAUAAAUUCUGAGCGGAAAGCAGGGAGCUGCCAAGCAGGCGGAGCCAGCAGUGGGACUAGUGCAUCUCUGCAACUCUCCAGUGAGAUCGAGAAUCUAAUGAGCCAAGGCUACUCAUAUCAGGACAUUCAGAAAGCACUGGUCAUUGCACAUAACAAUAUUGAAAUGGCCAAGAAUAUUCUCCGGGAGUUUGUUUCCAUUUCCUCCCCUGCGCACGUGGCCACAUAGCACAUUACCUCCACACCUUCAACUUCUGUGGACCAACUGCCUGGGCAGCUGUAGCCCAGCUACGCACCAAAGGGGAAGGGGGUUCCUUUAGAGACUUCGUGCUGAGGUCAGUCCUGCCUCUUAAGAGAAUCAGUUAUCAGGUUUUUGUGGUUCCAGAUUUCAAAGCAGUGGAAUGAAAUGGAGCAGAAUGGUGUUUUAUACAGUGUAUGUCUUGGAGUCCUUUACCCCUACCUCUUGUUUGAGAGAACAGAUUUAUUUCCGGGGUGUUGGUAGAGAAAGGUAUCGCAACAAGGGAUCCCUGAGCUGAUGCCCUGGAGGCUGGGGGGAGUGUUUUGUGCUGUGAAUUCUAAGUGAAUGCUCUGAGAAACAAAGUCUCGAGGUCGGUGUGGUGUGUCCUGUGGUUCAUGGUACUAGGUUUGGAUCUGUUUGCUGCUGUGUGUCUGGCUCAGGAUUUUUAGAGCAGCUGUGGGAGGUCACUUUCUGCUGGGAAUAAAUAGGAGACAUUGGAAGAAUCUUCUGAUUGCUUCCUGUUUGCCAUGGCGUUUCCCUCUUGCCUGUAAUAAUAGCAUUUAUUGCUUAUGAUUAAAGUCCUCCCUUUUUGCCUGGAGAUAGCGUGACUAGCUUCUGUCAGGCAUUUUGAUCUUGACAGUGCUGGGAGUUGGAUUUCUCUCACAUGUGUCCUCUUGCCGGCAGCACUGGCAGCACCAGAUUCCAGGCAGAUAGAUAUGCUGGAAGUUUUGCGUGUUUUUGAGGGGUGGGAGAGGGUGGGAAGGAUUUGAGAGAGAGCAAAGAACUGGCUGCUGCUUCUCCUUUUUUAGCCUUGAGCAUUUUGUGCUUCAAUGCUCAAACUUGAUUGUGGCCCUGCUGGGCUUGAGCAGCCGUCACUGGACACUCCCAUGCACUCUUUCUCUAGGAACGUUGCACCUGGUAAAUAUGAUGUUUUAUUUAACUUAAUUGCAUGGUGGCUGUUGCAGACUAGUGGCCUUCGCGCACUUGCCAUCAUCUCCUUCAGAGAGCUUUUGCAGGAGCCAGCUGUCUUCGUGCCAGGCUGUUUUGUGGAAUUGGUAGAUGCAGCUGAUGUAUUUGUUGGUAUCUUACCUGCUUUGCAGUAAAAGAAAUGCAGCAGUUCUCUGCACGGCUAUCAAAACGACAUGAGGGCUCUUCUUUCCAUUUCCAUUACUCUGAGGUAUUGCCAGAGCUUGUGUUAAAACAAAUCUGGGAAACUUCCGCAUUUGCAAAAUAAUCACACGGCUUUAAAGUCAGUACUCGGCUGUUACUUUGAAAAAAAACUGACUUGCAUAUUCAGCUACUUAACUGUGUUCAUAUAUGCUUGAUGUGCGAGAAGCGUGUGGUUCCUUCUGAGAGGAUUUAAAUCAAGUAGGGAGACACAGAUCGCAGCCUCGCAGAUGAACAAGUGCUCUGUGUACACUGAGAGGCUAUUAGCCUUCUGAAGCAUGUCUAGCAUUAGUUGCAUCUCUCCGAGGGCAGCAGUAGUCACUAGGCAAAGGGUUACAACUUCAAACGUCGUUGGAGUGAUUACAGCAGUUGGAUGCAGUUUAGCCUUUCAAAGAAUCUAGUAGCUGGGCCCAGAUCUCAGAGAAACAGAUUGCAAUUGGCAGAGAGGACUUAACAAGUAUUAGCAAAGGGAACGAAGCAUUAAAUGUUUGUUUUAUAUAGAGUAUACGUUUCUCUCUAGAUCUACAGCUUUAUAAAUUGGUGCAGUGGGUUCCAGGCAGUCGAAAAGUACAAACUGUCUCUCUUUACUGCCCUCCUUUGGGGCCAAGUUUGAAACUUGCAAAUGCAGCAUACUGCUGAGAUUUAUGUCAGUGGGCAUGGUGCUCUGCAGUGGUGCAGAGAGAGGUCGGGCUCAGCCAAGAGCAGGGUCUGACCUUGGUGACGGUGCUGAGUUGCAGAGAGGGUUAUGUCAGUGCAUAUUGCACUCGGGGGAAAAGAGCUGUUCUCUUUUCCUCUGCCCACAUGAGCAACAGUCAGCGGUAUCAUGAACCAGUCCCGCUCUUUCUGUGUGAAGUACUCUGCCAGUUAUGCGUGGCAGCCUUGGUCAGCGUGUCUGUGGGAGCUUCCAGAGAAGCAAGCUCAGCACUGGUGCUGCUGAGGCAGGAACGUGGGGCAGCUCUGGUUGGGCUCUCAGUAGACCUUUGUGUUACACUUGUGAGCCUGAGCAACCAGUCCUAGCGUAUGGGAGUUACUUCCUGGCUUUGUUCUGGAGAACCAGGUAAAAACCCUUUUGUGAGGGAGCACUACGGUUUUAUGUCCCUCUUUUUCAUAUUCUCUCCAGUGCUGCCACUAGCUCCAUGUUGGGUUUGGAGCCACUUCGUUUCUGGCUUGCUGUGUGAACUCGGUGCAAGAGCGUUCGAGUGUGGCCUGUGACUCUUGCCACUGCCAAGGCUGCGUAAGAGCCAAGUCCAGCCAGCUAGAAAGCCUUAACUCUUGUCUUGCACAGUGUGUGUGAUCAGAGUAGUGAUGCCCUGUCCCAUACAAGCCCUUUAUUACAGGCUCGUCGUAACGUUAAAUUAAAUCAUGCCUAGCAGAGCUAUUACAGGCCUGUCUUUGGGGUGUACGUGCCAAGAGACGUUCCUAUGGGUGUUGUUGCAGGUAUUAGAGAGAGCAAUCUUUGUGGCAUGUAUCACUGAUUUUUCUGCAUGUGUCCUUUCUGUGCACUGUUUGUGUCUUAAACUGGUAUAAGAAACUUAAGUUUUGGCUUUUCUUCCUUAGACAUGUAAGUGUUUGCUAGUACCACUGAAGUGCAGCAGAGUCCUGACCAUGUCUUAUGGCUGCGCUCUGUGAAGUCAAUCCAGGCACUGUACAGUGUAUUUUUGGUUGUUGUUCUUUCAGAAGGGUAAGCCUAAGGUUGAUUUCUCUUUUUUCCCUUCACCUCCUUGAUCUUUAUUCUUCAGAAGUUAACUUUAUGACGCUACUUUAAAAAGAAAGGAAAAAAACCCCCUGAAUGUCUAGUGCCUUUCUUAAGGGAAUGCUGCAUCGCUAGGCUGGAUCUAAGUAUCUAUCCCUCCGUGAAACUGAAGAGCCCGAACUAGACAAGCUGUAAAGAUGCCUUCGAGCGUGAGACUGCUUUGAAAAGGGUGAAAAGAAGGAGCAAGAAAGAUGGGCAAUUGUCACUUCAGCUAUGACACUGGGUUUUGUAGCAUUUCAGCUGUGGAGGGCUCCUACGUUACCUAACAGUGACUUGUCUGGGCUGGUGCUGUACGAAGCUUGGCGUGAAGACAGCAGAAUUGUAUGACAGGAUCAGUUUUGCUUGUAACAAAAUAUGAGUUCUGCUCAUAAAAAAUGCUGGUUUUCCCCCGCCUGUCAACCCCGGACACGAAGCGAGCAGAAAACAUUUUGUACAGUAAGAGCUGGGCACAAAAUGUGUGGGACCAGUACGUGUCUCUGCACGGCGAGCAGCAGGUAGCUGUGGAAAGCAGGCAAGUAGUGUCUGUUCGGAACAGGGUUUCCAUCGGACCUAGCAUGUUCAAUGCCACCGUAGCUGAACGGGAAUCUGAAAUGCGACGUAUCCUGCCAGGGCUGUGGUGAAACUUGUCUGCUGCACUGCCCUUGUGCGUCCGUCUCUGCAAGUGCUGCAGCUCGAGGCAUGGAGCGGAGUGUCUGUGCUGGGAACCAGCAGGCUCCCUUUCACUGUGAGCAGCUUUGCUGCUGCCCUUCCCUGGGGGGAGCCAGGUACAGCAUGUUGCUUCCUGCACUAGACCGAUUACAUUACUGUAGCUAAUCCUGAGGCAGGGUCAUUAUUGUAAAUGGGUUUUUUUUUUUCAGUUGAGCAAGAAAAAAUGCAACUCCCGGGGCACUUUCUUAAAGGUGCCACUUUAAAAAUUAGUGGGGAAUAAGGACGCUUAUUUUUAAAGUUCCUAAUAGAAAUCUUUUUUGAAAUUCCCAGUGGGGGAGGAACAGUUGUUCUUUCUCUCAAAUGACAAAUACCAAUUUGUAUAAUAUCAGUGUUAAAAAUGUUGAGAUUUUCACAAAAUAUUUUAAAAAAGUAUAAUAGUGUCAUUAAUAUAAAAAUAUAAUAGCAGUAUUUAAUCCUUUCAGAUCUGUAAAGAAUAAGGAAAAACAGAAGGUAAAUAUUCUUACAGAGAGUAGCUGAGCUUUAAGGUUCACUUGGUUUAAAGUCCUCGUUUUGUUUGCAAAUGCAUCGUUAAUGUUUAGAGGUUAUACUAAUGUUAUUUAUUAAUUGUUUCCAUUCUUGUAUGCUGCCCACUAAGAGCUUCUUUGUUUGGGAUUUCAUUCACCUGUGUCAGUAAAAAGAAAACAAAACAAAGUUUUAUUUUUAAAUAAAAUUUCCUUUGUUGUAGCAUA